AUGGCGGCCAUCGGAUCCUUUCUCCUCCCUCUCUGUCUCGUCCUCGCCAUCGCAUCCUUCACCGGAAGCACCACCGCGUCGGUAAUCCAGGAGGCAUGCGGCCGCACGUCGUUCCCCGAUCUGUGCGUCGAGUCCCUGUCCCAGAAGCCGGAGAGCCAAAGCACCGAUGAGCAUGGCCUGGCCGAGCUCGCCAUCAGGGUGGCGGCGGAGUCGGCCACGGCAGCUUCCACUUACGUCUCCAAGGGUCUGGAGGGGGCCGUCAACGAUUCGUCGUGGCACCAGUGCCUCGACGACUGCUCCGAGUCCUACGUGGACGCGGUGGAGCAGCUGGACGACUCCACGGGAGCGAUGGAAGAUAAAGGAUACGCCAACGUCAACAAGUGGGUGAGCGCGGCUAUCGCCGACGCACAGACGUGCUCGGAAGCGUGUGGGGACGUGGCUUUGCCGGAUAAGGCUACCCUCACCGAGAUGAAUACGGAGUUUACGAAUCUGUGCAAUGUUGUAUUGGGGCUUAUCGAACCUCUGUCCAAGUGA